AUGAAUUCAAAGAAUUAUCCAAAAGCCAAUAGGAGAAUAUCACUUAAAGAAUAAGCUCAUAGUCCAAGACAACCUAAACUAAAUAAAAAUAAAGAGAUUGAAUCAUAAAAAGAAAUAAGCAGUGAAUUUUUUAUAAGAUAAAAAUUAUAUGAGGAUCUAAAUAAAUUCCCUAAUUAUGAGAGUGAAAACUUAGUAAAAAUAUCAGAAAGAAAAGAAUCUCACUAUAAUAAAUUUAGAACCAUUAUAGAAGAUGCUAAAUAAAGAUUUAUUAAUUCCGAUUCACAGCAAAGCAAAAACUAUCUCGAAAAAUAACAAAGCUCUAUGAAAUUAAUAGUUGAAUAAUUAAGAAAUUAAAAGAGACUUCAAAACUAAGUUCAUUUAAACUAAACUUAAAAUAUUGAAUCAAUUAAUUUAAAUUUAGUUUUGUCCUUAGCAAUCCCAAUACUAUGUUUAAUUGUAGUCUUUUUAGAGUUAUUAAAGUAGUAAUUGAUAAUCAUAUGA